AAGGGACUUGCACACUGAAAGAAUAUCUCUGAUGAGGACAAUUCAGGCAAGCAGAAUGAUUAUUGCAAAAGAAUUACGUGCUUCAUUGAGACCUUGAAGUGGGUCCGGAGAAUCCUCGCCACCUAACUUAUCAUGGUUUGGGGGAGUUUGACGAGAAUCCAGUUUUGAUAAAGACAAUUAUUUUUUCCUCCCCAAGUGACUAUACAUUUAAAUAGCUAAAACAUCUGUUCAGCAACAUAAUAAAACAUGUACACUCGGAACGCCUGAGAGAAGAGCCUGCCAAACAAUCGGUUGAGAGGGACUUUGCUGGGGGGAGAGCACCAAGAUAAAGCAACCACUGUUUGUUUUGUCUGGUCAGGGGGAAAGCCAAGGCAACCAAUAUUUUGGGUUUCUUUUAUUUCAUUUGUGAAGAACUAUUUGAGAAAGGGUAGCGAGGGCAGAUUUCCUGACGGGAAUUUUCUUAAGCUGUCCAUUAGUAGAAGAGCAAGAGAACCUUGGAUGUCAACGCCUAACAGACUCUUGAGACCAGCCACCAAACCACGAAAAGCAACUUUCUUCUUGCGUGGCCUCUGCGUCCUUCCUGAUGGAGGCAGAAGCAGGGAGCAGCAUGGAGACUGGAAAGACGGCCAACAGAGGCACUCGAAUAGCCCUGGUCGUGUCCAUUGGUGGCACCCUGGUGCUGGGCACGAUCCUCUUUCUGGUGAGUCAAGGUUUCUUAAGUCUCCAACCUAAACAGGAGUACUGCCUGAAGCCAGAAUGCAUCGAAGCUGCCGCUGCCAUCUUGAGUAAAGUAAAUCUGUCUGUGGACCCUUGUGAUAAUUUCUUCCGGUUCGCCUGUGAUGGCUGGAUCAACAAUAAUCCAAUUCCUGAAGAUAUGCCAAGCUAUGGGGUUUAUCCUUGGCUGAGACAUAAUGUUGACCUCAAGUUGAAGGCACUUUUGGAGAAAUCAAUCAGUAGAAGGCGGGACACCGAAGCCAUACAGAAAGCCAAAAUCCUUUAUUCAUCUUGCAUGAAUGAGAAAGCGAUCGAAAAAGCAGAUGCCAAGCCAUUGCUACACAUCCUGCGGCAUUCACCUUUUCGCUGGCCUGUGCUUGAAUCUAGUAUCGGUCCUGAAGGGGUUUGGUCAGAGAGAAAGUUCAGCCUUCUGCAGACGCUUGCAACCUUUCGUGGUCAAUACAGCAAUUCUGUGUUCAUCCGUUUGUAUGUGUCCCCUGAUGACAAGGCAUCCAACGAACACAUCUUGAAGCUGGACCAAGCAACGCUCUCCCUAGCCGUGAGGGAAGACUACCUUGAUAAUAGCACAGAAGCCAAGUCUUAUCGAGAUGCCCUUUAUAAGUUCAUGGUGGAUACUGCUGUGAUUUUGGGAGCUAAUAGCUCCCGAGCAGAGCAUGACAUGAAGUCGGUGCUUAGGUUGGAAAUUAAGAUAGCUGAGAUAAUGAUUCCACAUGAAAACCGAACCAGUGAGGCCAUGUACAACAAAAUGAACAUUUCCCAACUGAGUGCUAUGAUUCCCCAGUUUGACUGGCUGGGCUACAUCAAGAAGGUCAUCGAUGCCAGACUCUACCCUGAACUGAAAGACAUUGGCCCCUCAGAGAAUGUGGUGGUCCGUGUCCCACAGUACUUUAAGGAUUUAUUUAGGAUAUUGGGCUCUGAGAGGAAGAAGACCAUUGCCAACUAUUUGGUGUGGAGGAUGGUUUAUUCCAGAAUUCCAAACCUUAGCAGGCGCUUUCAGUAUAGGUGGCUGGAAUUCUCAAGGGUAAUCCAGGGGACCACAACUUUGUUGCCUCAGUGGGACAAAUGUGUCAACUUUAUCGAAAGUGCCCUCCCUUAUGUUGUUGGAAAAAUGUUUGUGGAUGUGCACUUCCAGGAAGAUAAGAAGGAGAUGAUGGAGGAAUUGAUUGAGGGUGUUCGUUGGGCCUUUAUUGACAUGCUGGAGAAAGAAAAUGAGUGGAUGGAUGCAGGAACAAAAAUGAAAGCCAAAGAAAAGGCAAGAGCUGUUUUGGCAAAAGUUGGCUAUCCUGAGUUUAUAAUGAAUGAUACUCAUGUUAAUGAAGACCUCAAGGCAAUCAAGUUUUCAGAAUCUGACUACUUUGGCAAUGUCCUGCAAACUCGCAAGUAUUUAGCACAGUCUGAUUUCUUCUGGCUGAGAAAAGCUGUUCCAAAAACAGAGUGGUUUACAAAUCCAACGACUGUCAACGCCUUCUACAGUGCAUCCACCAACCAGAUCCGGUUUCCAGCAGGAGAGCUCCAGAAGCCUUUCUUUUGGGGAACAGAAUAUCCUCGAUCUCUGAGUUAUGGCGCUAUAGGAGUAAUUGUUGGACAUGAAUUUACACAUGGGUUUGAUAAUAAUGGUAGAAAAUAUGAUAAAAAUGGAAACCUGGAUCCUUGGUGGUCCAUUGACUCAGAAGAAAAGUUUAAAGAAAAAACAAAGUGCAUGGUUAACCAGUAUAGCAACUAUUAUUGGAAGAAAGCUGGCUUAAAUGUGAAGGGGAAGAGGACCCUGGGAGAAAAUAUUGCUGAUAAUGGAGGUCUGCGUGAAGCUUUUAGGGCUUACAGAAAAUGGAUAGAUGACAAGAGGCAGGGAGCUGAGGAGCCUCUCCUACCAGGCAUCGCAUUCACCAACAACCAGCUCUUCUUCCUGAGUUAUGCUCACGUGAGGUGCAAUUCCUACAGACCAGAAGCUGCCCGGGAACAAGUCCAAAUUGGUGCUCACAGCCCCCCUCAGUUUAGGGUCAAUGGUGCAGUUAGCAACUUUGAAGAAUUCCAGAAAGCUUUUAGCUGUCCAACCAAUUCCACGAUGAACAGAGGCAUGGACGCCUGCCGACUCUGGUAGCGGGACUGCUGGUUUAUGCCAUCCUGAGAGAGCCGUACAGUGCCAGCAGAGGCUGCACUGAGCACUCAUCGCCUACUGCUUUAGGCCUCUAUUCCCCUGAGGACUUUUAUUUUUAACGCAUCUUCAUUAUUUGGGUAUUGCUUGGAUCUAAACAGUAUCUAUUCAAAGUUGUAGGGCUUAAAAAAUGGGAUACAAAAAGUGAGCCAAGUAUGUUUCUUUAGAAAACCAAACCAACAAAAAUAAAUCCCUAGGCUACUUUUGUUAAAACGCUAUCUGCUGAAUUGUUGCUAUUGUCCAUUUUAGUGUGUAAGCCACAGCUAAGUGGUACAUGCCAUUUUAAUCUACGGCUUUGCAGGGUCCCUAAGUAGAAUGUAUCC